UUAAUUAUACAUCAGCGGGGGAGGAGUCUGGCUACGGAUGAAGUCUGACACAAACAAGAGAUGCUGCAGUUUGAACCGACAAAUACCAAAGAUCAACACUUCCCUUAAAAGCUAAAUAUCUUUUGUGAAGGUACCUCUCUAAAACAUGACGAUGGGAGUUAGAUGGGACAGUCGUGCCACGGCUGAGAGAAGCAUGUUUAUUAUGCGGGUGAUGCUGAGCUUGUUUCCUCUAGUCCUUGUGGUCUGGAAUGGUGAGGCGUUACCUGUCCCAGACAAACAAUCACACACCAAUGAGAUACUGACCAAAGACGAGAAGGACUUGUUGAAGAAGAUGAUGACGGACAUGGCUGAGCUGAACCUCACUAGUAAAGAACUAGCAGACCCUGAUUUUCUGAAUGGCAAACUGGGAGAGAAGUCUGUCUUUGAACCAACCGCUAAAUCACCUUGCAAGCUCUUCUUCUGGAAGACCUUCUCCUCAUGUUAAAACUGGAAAACAGUACAGACACAGACGAGUCUGUUGAAAUCUACAGUCCUGCCUUUACAGUUUGCGAAUCUAAUCAUACACUGUAUUGAAAUCAAUAUGCAUCUCUUGUCUUCUGCUGUUCCUGCAUUGUAUUUUAUGUCAUAGGACUUUGAAACUGCUGAAUGUUUGAGGUCUCCAAAAAAACACAAUGGCGUUUUGCAUGUACAGUUUAUACUGUUUGACAUCCAAGUCCAAAAUACUGUAAUAAAAGUUAUACAACUCCUUUCA